GGCAUCUACACCUGUGUGGCCACCAGCAUUAUGGGCACUGCUAAUAACCAGGUUCGCCUGGAGGUCAAAGAGCCUACUCGGAUCGUUCUGGCUCCCGUGGAUCAGUCGGCUGUCAGGGGUUCCACAGCUCGCUUAGAGUGUAAGUCGGAGUCUGGUCUGCCCACCUCUGUGACCUGGACCAAAGACAAUCAGCCCCUAUACCUGGGAUGGAGACUCAGGAAGGAUGAAGCGUCCCUGACCAUCCCCAACGUUAACGAGGGUGACGAGGGCCUGUACACCUGCACCGUUACAUCAGAGAUAGACGAGGACUCAGCCUCAGCCCAACUCACUGUGUUAGAGGAAGCUUCUCUCAACCGCACAGUCUCUAGUGCCUUACCUCCAGGACGUCCAGAACCACCGAUGGAUCUGGACCUGUCGGAUCCAGCAGCCCGUAGCGUUCGUCUUACCUGGAUCCCUGGAAACGACAACAGGAGUCCCGUCACAGAGUUCUUGGUCCAGUUUGAAGAGAACCACUGGGAACCAGGCAGGUGGCAGGACCUGUCCACUUACCCUGGAGACCUGAAUUCAGUCAUCCUGCAGCUCGUGCCCUUUGUCAACUAUCAGUUCAGGGUCAUCGCCAUUAACUCAGUGGGUCGGAGUUUGCCGAGCCGGCCCUCCCCACGGUACAAAACCAGUGGAUCAUCCCCGGAUGUCAUUCCGAGAGAUUUACGGGGAUGGGGCUCCCAAAAAGACAACAUGGAGAUCACCUGGGAGCCACUGAGUGAUUUGGAAAGAAAUGGCCCAAACCUGCACUACAGUGUGUGGUGGAGACGAAAAGAUUCGGCGGAGGAUUGGAACAACAUGACCACGUUCCAGUCCAAACAUAUUGUACACCCCACUAAAACAUAUGUGCCUUAUGAGAUCAAAGUACAAGCCAGGAAUGAUUUUGGAUCAGGACCUGAGUCUAACAUCGUCGUUGGAUAUUCUGGAGAGAACAAGCCCACAAGAGCACCCACUGACCUGCAGGUGUCAAAGGUGAGCAGCAUCAGCGCAAACCUCCACUGGACACCUGUGGAUCUGAGCUCUGUUCAGGGGGAGUUCAAGGAGUACAGAUUGUAUUACUGGCGUGAGUCCAGUCUGGUUCCAGACCUGGUGGUCAAUAAGGAGAAGAAGGUCAAAGGUUUUUACACCACUGUGGCAGCACCGUACGGUCUUCUCUCUGACUUGGUGCCCUACUCUAAUUAUAAGAUGUUCAUGGUUGUGGCCAACAGUCGCUUUGAGGGUCCACCUAGCAACACAGUGAAAUUCACCACUAAGGAAGAUGUUCCAGAUGCUCCGAGGUUUUUCAGAAUUAACCGCAGAAGUGUGGACACCAUCUAUAUGGAAUGGGACAAACCUCUAGAGCCCAAUGGCAUAAUUAUUGGCUACAUGCUCAAAUACCAAUCAGUAAAUGGUUCCAGGCUGGGUCCCCUCCAGUUUGAAAGUUUCUCCUCUAAUGUGACAACGUUCACCCUUCGUCUGCCAGACCGAUCCACCCGCUACAAGUUCAUGCUCUCAGCUCUUACCCAGGUGGGAGCAGGGGAGGUCUAUGCUGAGGAGUCUCCACACUUUACUAACGAAGCUUACAUGAAUGAGGUCGACAUUGCAACUCAGGGGUGGUUUAUCGGCUUGAUGUGUGCCAUUGCCCUCAUUAUACUCAUCCUCCUCAUUGUCUGCUUUAUCAAGAGGAGUCGUGGGGGCAAGUAUCCAGUUCGAGAUAAAAAAGAUCUGCCUUUAGACCCAGUGGAUCAGAAAGACCAGGAUGGAUCCUUUGAUUAUCACAGCGACGAAGACAACAAGCCUCUGCAGGGCAGCCAGACGUCUCUGGAUGGAAACGUGAAGGAAAGUGACGACAGCCUGGUGGACUACGGUGAAGGCGGCGAUGGUCAGUUCAACGAGGAUGGCUCCUUCAUCGGUCAGUACACGGUGAAGAAGGACAAGGACGAGACGGAAGGGAACGAGAGCUCCGAGGCAACCUCCCCCGUUAACGCCAUCUACUCUCUGGCGUAGCAGAGCAGCACUGCAUGCUGGGACUCUGAACCAACCUUGGAUUUCUGUUCAAUGCACCACACACACCUGAUUAUCUAAAAGACAGAAUGGCAGCAGGCCCCGUCAGACUCUUCUCUAAGAUAAAGCGGACAAGCACGAGGUCGAAUCACAGGUCAUUAACCUCUUCUUUUAGCUCAGAUAAUUUGACCAGUCGUAGGAG